GCCGUUAGUGAUAAGCACGCCUGGCAACUCAUCAUUCCCUCCAACCCCUCUCUUUGGUCUCUCUGUCUCUCUGUCUCACUCUCUCUCUCUCUCUCUCCCUGUCUCUUCGCUUUUCUCUCUUUCAUUCUCUCUCUCUCUCUAGCAUUUUUUUUUUUUCUCAUUUUACUUCCUCUUCUUAUUCUUCUAGCAGCCCCCACUUUACUCUUUCUGCUAAGCUUUUUUCCGUAUUUUUCUCUUUAAUUGCUGUUCCUUGGAAAAUUCUAUCAUACAUAUAUAUAUAUUCCAGUUAUUUUUGUCCGUUGGAUUGGAUCUGAUUCUUUGAUUCUGUUUUGUGCAAAUUCUUAAUCGGAUUUCGUCCUCGAGACCAUCAGGAUACUUCUACACCUUUCUUCAAGCCAACAUCUUGGAUAAUUAAAUUGUUCUAGCUACAAACGACAUGGCUGUCUCCAUGAGAGAUUUGGAUCCAGCAUUCCAGGGAGCUGGACAAAAGGCAGGACUCGAAAUAUGGCGUAUUGAAAACUUUGUUCCUGUUUCUGUUCCAAAGGCCGCUUAUGGAAAAUUCUUUACAGGGGACUCCUAUGUGAUCUUGAAAACAACCUCCUUAAAAAGUGGUGCAUUGAGACAUGAUAUCCAUUAUUGGCUUGGUAAAGAUACCUCUCAGGAUGAAGCUGGUACUGCAGCUAUCAAGACAGUUGAACUGGAUGCAGCUCUUGGAGGACGUGCUGUGCAAUAUCGUGAAGUACAAGGUCAUGAAACUGAGAAAUUCCUAUCUUAUUUCAAACCAUGUAUUAUACCUCAAGAAGGUGGAGUUGCAUCUGGCUUCAAACAUGCUGAAGCUGAUGAACACAAGACGCGAUUGUUUGUCUGCAAAGGAAAACAUGUUGUUAAUGUAAAAGAGGUUCCUUUUGCUCGGUCAUCACUCAACCAUGAUGAUAUUUUUAUUCUUGAUACCAAGUCAAAAAUAUUUCAAUUCAAUGGUUCCAACUCAUCCAUUCAAGAGAGAGCCAAAGCAUUAGAAGUUGUCCAAUACAUUAAGGACACUUAUCAUGAUGGGAAAUGUGAGAUUGCCACAAUUGAGGAUGGAAAGUUGAUGGCUGAUUCUGAAACUGGAGAAUUUUGGGGUUUCUUUGGUGGCUUUGCUCCACUCCCUAAGAAAACAGCCAGUGAUGAGGAUAAGACUGUUGAUUCUCAUUCUACGAAGCUACUUAGCAUUGAGAAAGGGCAGGCAGUACCUGUUGAGGCUGAUUCUUUGACAAGGGAAUUGCUAGACACAAAUAAAUGCUAUCUUUUAGACUGUGGGGUGGAAGUAUUUGUAUGGAUGGGGAGAAAUACAUCUCUUGAAGAAAGAAAGAGUGCAAGUGGAGCUUCAGAAGAGUUAGUCCGUGGCCCUGAUCGACCAAAAUCCCACAUAAUUCGUGUAAUUGAAGGAUUUGAAACGGUAACGUUCCGGUCUAAAUUUGAAUCAUGGCCUCAGACAACUAAUGUGGCUGUAUCAGAGGAUGGUAGAGGCAAGGUAGCAGCACUUCUAAAACGUCAAGGAGUUAAUGUGAAGGGCCUUUUGAAAGCUGAUCCUGUAAAAGAAGAACCUCAACCGUACAUUGAUUGCACUGGAAACCUGCAGGUUUGGCGUGUUAGUGGUCAGGAAAAAAUUCUUCUUCCAGCUUCUGAUCAGUCAAAACUCUACAGUGGAGAUUGCUUUAUUUUUCAGUACUCAUAUCCUGGAGAAGAUAAAGAGGAGUACCUUAUUGGAACAUGGUUUGGGAAGCAAAGUGUUGAGGAAGAAAGGGCUUCAGCUGUUUCACUCGCAAGCAAGAUGGUCGAGUCAUUGAAGUUUCUGCCUGCCCAAGCUCGUAUAUAUGAAGGAAAUGAACCAAUUCAGUUCUAUUCAAUCUUCCAGAGUAUUAUAGUUUUUAAGGGUGGUCUGAGUGACGGAUACAAGAAAUACGUUGCAGAGAAGGAAAUUCCUGAUGAUACAUAUAAAGAAGAUGGCGUUGCAUUAUUUCGAGUCCAGGGCUCUGGGCCUGAUAAUAUGCAAGCAAUUCAAGUUGAUCCUGUUGCGUCAUCUUUGAAUUCUUCCUAUUGCUACAUAUUACAUGGUGGUUCCAUGGUAUAUACAUGGUCUGGAAGCCUUACUACCACUGAUAGUCAUGAACUUGUAGAGAGGCACCUGGAUUUGAUAAAGCCUGAUUCUCAGUCAAAACCACAAAAGGAAGGUGCAGAAUCUGAACAGUUUUGGGAAUUAUUAGGAGGAAAGUCUGAAUAUCCCAGCCAAAAGAUUGGAAGAGAUGCCGAAAAUGAUCCUCACCUGUUUUCAUGCAUUUUUAAAAAUGGGAAUUUGAAGGUGACAGAGAUUUACAAUUUCACCCAAGAUGAUUUGAUGACUGAAGAUAUAUUUAUCUUGGAUUGUCACUCAGAUAUCUUUGUUUGGGUCGGCCAACAGGUUGACUCUAAGAAUAGACUGAAUGCUUUGACUAUUGGGGAGAAAUUUCUUAAGCAUGAUUUCCUUCUAGAAAAAUUAUCUCGUGAAGCCCCAAUAUAUAUUGUCAUGGAAGGGAGUGAGCCACCUUUCUUCACACGCUUCUUUGCAUGGGACUCCGCCAAAUCUGCAAUGCAUGGAAAUUCAUUUCAGAGGAAACUUGCUUUGGUAAAAAAUGGUGGUACUCUGAUGGUAGAUAAACCCAAGCGGAGAACCCCUGUAUCUUAUGGAGGAAGAUCCAGUGUCCCAGAUAAAUCACAGCGUUCCAGAAGCAUGUCUUUUAGUCCUGACCGAGUUCGUGUGAGGGGCAGGUCUCCAGCUUUCAAUGCACUGGCUGCUAAUUUUGAAAAUCCCAAUGCCAGGAACCUUUCAACUCCACCACCGGUGGUUAGAAAGAUAUAUCCAAAAUCUGUAACCCCAGAUUCAGCUAAACUGGCUUCCAAGUCCUCAGCUAUAGCAGCACUCACUGCUUCGUUUGAGCAACCAGCGCCAGCAAGAGAAACUAUUAUUCCCAGAUCUGUUAAUCUUAAAGUGAGCCCAGAGGCUACCAAACCAAAACAAGAAACAAACAACAAGGAGAACACUAUGAGCAAAAGAAUAGAAUCCCUUACUAUACAAGAAGAUGUUAAAGAAGGUGAAGCAGAAGAUGACGAAGGUCUCCCAAUAUACCCAUAUGAACGACUUAAGACGACAUCAUCGGAUCCCAUUUCAGAAAUUGAUGUAACCAAGCGAGAGACAUACCUGUCAUCAUCAGAGUUCAGAGAGAAAUUUGGGAUGUCAAAAGAAGCUUUCUUUAAGUUGCCCAAAUGGAAACAGAACAAACUCAAAAUGGCUCUUCAACUGUUCUGAGUCUCCUUUCUGUCACUGCAUUUUCUUUAGCCUCCUGCAGGUGGAAGAAGGCUUAGCUGCAAAAUCUUGGAGAACUCAAUUUCUCAAGGGUUAAAAGGGACAGCAUCAGUGCAUUUUUAGCUGCUUCUGCUCCCAAGAAGCUUGUUUUAUAAUUUGGACAGAACCAACAAAUUUUUCCAUUUAUUUUUUUGGCCUUUUGAGUUUGCUUGACUGCCUAGGUUUUGUUUCUUUGUUGAGUUUAGCUGCUUGGUAUUCUUUAUGGUCACAGGAUUGUUGUGCGCUUGUCUUUUUUUCCCUAAUUUUUUUCAUUUUUAAUUUGAUUUUUUAAUUCAAAAUUUGAUUUGGGUAGAGAGAUUAGGGCUUGCAAAUGCAGUCUACUUUUUAGGCUGGAUUGAUAACUGAGGAUGGAAAGUGUGUACAGCAGAGUGUAUAAACCAGUCCGCUCGUUAUUUGUUUUGACAAUAAAAAGUGUGAUUUUUGCCUUCUUC